AUGAAGUUCGGGAAGAGCAUCUGCGUGCUCAACGUCGGGGGGACCCGCUACGCCUUCACCCGCGACGUGAUCCGGGAUUUCCCUCUCCGGCGCGUCAGCCGCCUCCACGCGUGCGCCUCGGAGAAGGAGGUCCUGGAGCUGUGCGACGACUACGACCGGGACCGCAACGAGUUCUUCUUCGACCGCCACGCUCAGGCGUUCGUCUUCAUCAUGCUCUACGUGCGCUCCGGCAAACUGCGCUUCCUGCCCGGCGUGUGCGAGCUCUCCUUCUACUCGGAGAUGCUCUACUGGGGGCUGGAGAGCGCGCACCUGGACUCCUGCUGCCAGAAGCGCCUGGACGACAGGCUCUCCGAGAUCGGGCUGGACGGGCUCUCCGAGGAGGACGCGGGGGUCUCCGGCGAGGAGGCGGGCGCAGAGGCCGUGGCGCGGGCGGCGCUCACCGGGCGCGCCAAGUGGAUGGAGAGGACGCGGAGGGCGUUCGAGGAGCCCAGCUCGUCCGUCGGAGCGCAGCUGCUGGCUUCGGUGUCCGUCAUCUUCGUCAUCGUGUCCAUGGUCAUGCUGUGUGCGAGUACUCUGCCGGACUGGGACACGGCCAAGAGGAACACCGUGGAGGAGCACCGGAUAGUGGAGGCCGUGUGCAUCGGCUGGUUCACGGCGGAGUGCACCGUGCGCUUCCUGGUGGCGCGGAACAAGUGGGACUUCCUCCGCCGGCCGCUCAACAUCAUCGACGUGAUCGCCAUCACCCCGUACUACGUCACCAUGGCGAUGGCCCGGGCGGGGAUGCCGGGCGCCGGGCUGGGGGUGGCGGGCGUCAUCCUGCGCGUGCUUCGGAUGAUGCGGGUCUUCUGGCUGAUGAAGCUGGCCCGCCACUUCCUGGGCCUGCAGACGCUGGGGCUGACGCUGCGGCGCUGCUACCGGGAGAUGGUGAUGCUGAUGGUGUUUGUCUUCGUCGCCAUGGCGAUAUACAGCGCCCUGGCGCAGCUGCUGGAGCACGGCCUGGAUUUGGGCAUGCAGAACCAGGAUUUCGCCAGCAUCCCGGCCGCCGCCUGGUGGGUCAUCAUCUCCAUGACGACGGUGGGGUACGGGGACGUGUACCCGGUGACCGUCGGGGGGCGGGUCCUGGGGGGGAUGUGCGUGGUGAGCGGCAUCGUCCUGCUCGCCCUGCCCAUCACCUUCAUCUACCACAGCUUUGUGCAAUGUUACCAUGAACUCAGACUGCGCUCGGCCAGAUACGCUCGCAGCGUCUCCACGGAAAUCCUGCAGUGAGCCUUUUAUCCACUUCCUGGACGUUUGCCCCGCCCUCUUCCUCUUUUCUAAUCUGCCAUACUUGGACAGAGGUGUUUGAAACACACAAAUCAUUAUUUAUUCAUCCCUGGCAGGCGGUGUCAAUCUGCUUCUCCCUGCACGCUUUGUUUACACUUCAUCUUCUUGUGUUUGCCCGGCCUUCAGCUGACCUAGAUCUGCUGCGUAUAUAUGGACGCCUGAGGCAUGGCGUGUCGAGGGGGAGAGAGAAAGGGGGUGUCAGGUUCAAACACUGAUGACAUCUAUUAAACAAGACAAGAAGCAAGGAAUUAAACAGGGACAGAAUUCAAUUUAGCUCAAUUGAGGAGAAACGCCUAGACACUGGUACAGUGUCGUCCCACGCUCUGACGAAAGAUUGUACGCCUCCUCUUUUAUUAUGACUUUCCCUGAUUACAUGGCAACAGCUGUUUCUAAGGGAGGGGGGUCGUAAACAGCCGUCGCCUUUGGUUACAAAACAGUCCAAAGAAAAGGUCGUAAAACAGUUCAAAGAAAAGGUGCCUGGAGGGGGGGGGGGGGUCAGGUCCUGCUUCCUCUUCGCUUUGUAG